AUGGGACCAAUUCAUAGAAGGCAAUGCGCUCCACCAUUCGGCCUUAUCGCCGACAUUCUUUUCCAGAUCAUCAUCAAUGGCGAUGCGAGCACUGUACUGGCGCUCUGCCUAAUUAACAAAGCUACAUUCGACACAAUCAAGGUCCUAGAACCGCACAUCUGCAAAUGGUUUAUGCGCCUCCAUGACAUCGACACAUUCAACCCGUUACUCACCUUGAACCCAUGGAGCGGCAAGCAAAAUGCAUUAACAGUGCACACCCUGGUACGGUCCUUGUACCGCCAUAAUCUUGCACGCUGUCUGUCUCGCCGGGUCGUCCCGUCAGUAUGGGGUCCGUUCUACGACGACGACAAGGCUGAAAUGAACUUUGAGGCAGAGCUUAAACUCGCCAACCGUCUAGAACGAGGCUUCCACGUGCUCUUCCACAUGGCUGACAUCUCACGCGACAUAAAACGAGGGCGCCAAUUCCACAGAAAGACAUCCCUCUCACCGUCGAUGUCUAAACGUCUAACCAAGCUCCACAAGCGCUUGAAAGAGUACAGCGAGACCAAUUUCGACUUCGACUCACCCGACAGUAGCAACAACUACCAAAAGCUCCUACUACUACCACCAGACCACACAAAAUCAAAAUCAAAAAACUACCACACCACCCAAGUCCUAAAAUGGGCCCAAACAGAAUCUGAAAUCGGCCAGCGCCGCCUCGACUUCCGAACAAACCACCUAGACGAGAAAUCCGAAGUCGCCUUCCACUGCACCCUCCGCAUGCUCCGCGAGCUCGUAGAACGGAUUCUCCUCCGCCACGGCCCUAGGCUCUGGCACCGCGACACGAGAAACGAGUAUAGCGUCGUUUCGUGGUUCCUGCUAAACCAGGGCCCGCAGGAUCUCGCUAAACUGGUACUCACGCCGCAGGAUGAAUGCUGUCAUCACCAUUUCCACCCGGACCCCAGUACAGACGGCGAGGAUUGUCUCUUCUCCAACCCGCUAGACGAAUACUGGGACGCAUGGAAAGAUUCUCCUGGUCUUGGCUGCGCGGGUGCGGGCACAGGUGCAUGUGCAUGUGCAGGUUCAGGUGCAGACACUUACACAGACAUGGGGAUAGACAUCCGCCUGAGCAGAAUCAUAAAAAUGCGCAUCGGCAAGAACUCAACCUCAACCUCAAACGCAAACCCGAAUCCAAACCUCAACCUCAGCCUCAAUACAAGUCCAAGUCUAUCGCAAAUAUCAAACCCAGCCUCCAACUGCGACUGCAAACGCCGCAUCCGCAGCUGGAGCGUAAAACCCGCUCUCUUCGACAACCAGGGGCGGGAAUACAACCGCGCCGGAGAGCAGUAUCUGAAGGAGAUGUGGGGCCAGAGGCAUGUUGGGCUACAUCAAGCGUUUACGAUGGGGAUUUUUGCAACGGUGUUUUAG